ACCACUAGCAAGUUUCUGCCCUCGUUCGGAAACAUCGUAGAUCCGGUGCCGUUUAGAAUGUUUCAGUAAACAGUAUUGGGCGCUUAUAUAUCGCUUCCGUAAGGACCACGAAGACAAGAUUAAUUACAACUGCACAGAGAUAUUUAAGCAAUCAUCUUCGAGCGAACUGAAACCGAAGUGGUUUGUAGAGUACAUAUGCAAUUUAACAUGAGGGAAUGCUUCCCAUGGUAGCAGACAUCGUCAACAGCACAUUUCUUCCCGAAAAAUCUAGACGAUAAUGUUCCGUACCCUUGAAGAUCUUUGCGAAGCAUUCUGAAAUGCUUUGUGGAAUGUUUCAACGUUUCGUUCCUUGACAGCCACGGAGAAUUGCCUUUAAAUAGAUCUAGCAAAGCGUAGACGCAUUAGACUUCGUCUUGACGAGUCAGGCACUGGAGAACAGUGCUGCCAUCUGUCACAAUUUUCCACGUCUUGCGCAUGCGCAGGAUUCGUGGUUCAGGCACUAACCGUGAAGCCGGUAAAGGCGGUUUGGGACACCGGCUGCUGUCAUUAGCUGCGCUGCUGCAGUUGGAGGAAGAUGGUACCGAAGAUGUGGCUUUUUGUACUGUUCGCGACUGUUGUAUUUUCGGUGAGAGCGGACCCAGCUGUGGUGUAUGCGACAUGGGAUCCCGAAUCUGAGAACAAGGUAGUGUUGCAUUACCAUGACAGCACUGGUCAUGUGCAACGGGAUAGUUCACCUCCCAGGCAUUACACUCUCAGAGCAACCUAUGACAACACUAUCAACAAGACAGGAUGGGCCUUCUUGGAGAUGCACACGAACCCCGGCUUCGACGACGAGACGCAGGCUUUCACGGUGGGCUUUGUGGAGGGCGUGACCACGGCCGACCUGAUCGCGAUGCACUGGACAAACACGAUGGCGGACUACUGCAGCGACUCUGCGCACGGCCCGAAGGGGCGCCCAGCCGCCUGCCGCGCCGUCCGGAGCUUCCUGGAGAAGAACCGAGCCUGGGUCGACGGCAUGGUCGCCUCGCACAGCGACACAGACCCCUACUGGCACCAGGUGAAGCUGUAUUACAAGCAACUGGAGGGUCUGUACGCCGGUUACCGCAGUGCCUUGAAGCUGCCGGACCUCACUCUAAACGACUUCCUGUGGCUGAACCUGCAGUCCGACAUCGACGACCUGAUGCAGGCGGUGGGCGGCCUCAAGUCUGCGCUGGGCGGUGACGGCUGCUCGGGGCUGGUGCGGCUGCUGCCGCUCAACCGCGACCUGCUGGUGGGACACGCCACCUGGUCUGGGUACAACACGAUGCUGCGCGUUCAGAAGAAGGUUGUGCUGCCGGUGCGCGAGACGGGACGCGCCCAAGGAGCGCCGGUUCCAGGGCACGUUGCCGUCUUCUCUUCGUACCCGGGAGUCAUCGGCUCCGUCGACGACUUCUACGUUCUGUCCUCCGGGCUCGUCGCGGUGGAGACCACAAUAGGAAACAACAACGCGUCGCUCUGGAGCUACGUGCGGCCGCAUGGACAGGUGCUAGAGAGUGUGCGGAACAUAGUGGCAAACCGUCUCUCUGCAGAUGGUCGCACAUGGGUGAAAACUCUGUCACGAUACAAUAGUGGCACCUAUAACAACCAGUGGUUUGUGGUAGACUUCAAGCGGUUUAAGCCGGGCAAGAGUGGUGGAGUCAGCAAUGGAACACUGUGGGUUCUGGAGCAACUUCCAGGACUGGUGCGCUAUCAAGAUCGCACAGAGGAGUUACGCAAGAAUACCUAUUGGGCAUCUUACAACGCACCUGCUGAUCCCAUAAUCUUUAAUACUGGAGGCUUCCAGGACCUCGUCAAGAAGUUUGGUGACUGGUUCACUCAUGACAAAACUCCACGAGCUCUCAUCUUCAAGCGUGACUUUAAGACAGCUCAUAACCUUCCCUCGAUGUUGCGCCUGAUGACAAGCAAUGACUACCAACAUGAUCCACUUUCGAGAUGCAACUGCACUCCACCCUACAGUGCAGAGAAUGCUAUUGCUGCACGAUGUGAUCUCAAUCCCAAAAAUGGUACCUAUCCAUUCCCAAGUCUGGGUCACCGCUCACAUGGUGCAACUGACGCCAAGGUGACCAACAGUACAUUAGUGUCCAAGCUUCAGUUUCUGUCAGUCUCAGGACCCACAACUGGGUCUCACUUGCCUCCAUUCCAGUGGAGCAAAUCUGAUUUUGGAGACACAAUCAGCCAUGUUGGUCACCCAGACAGGUGGACUUUCAAGCCAGUUCUACAUGAGUGGCAUUGGCACAGUAGUCAUUGAUACUGUAGUGUGCACAUUAAAUACAGUAAAAUUCUGAGUGUGGUGUCAAGUGGAUAGUUGGUUGUGCAGAUGAGAGAUUUGUCUAUAAAGCCACAUUUACAAUGUUUGUAACUUUUUUUGUGUUGUGUAACAAUAAAUGUGAUUUCUUGUAGGAAGUACCUAUUUAAAGUUGUAGUAUAUCCACGUGCUUCUGUUUCUAUAGGUGAUUUAAUUCUUGUAAUGUCGUAGUUAUGAUUACACACACACACACACACACA